UUUCCGUAAGGUUUGUCGCACAGUUUCAAAUCCCAUUAAUUUCUCCCAUAAAACCUCCUCUCCCCUCGUUCUCCUCCCCUCCGCCUCCGCCUUCUCCUCUCACCCCACACCUGCCCUCCCCGCCGCCGCGCCGCGGACCUCUUCCAUGGCAAAGCUCCCGCGUCUACCCUGCCCGAUUCCCGUGCUCGCGCUCGUGUGCAUCCUGUCUCUCGCCGCGCUGCGGCCCGCACUGUCCUCCCGCGCGGCGCCGAGGGACGGUGUCUCCUUCGCCGGCGCAGGCAACACGAUACAUCAACUCCUCAAGGAUCACGGCCUUCCCGGAGGACUUCUCCCGCGCGGCGUGGAGUCGUACACCCUGGACGAAUCGACCGGCCUACUGGAGGCGCGGCUGUCGGCGCCGUGCUACGCCACGUACGACAACGGCGACCUGGCCUACUUCGACAACGUGGUCCGCGGCAACCUCAGCAAGGGCGCGCUCCGCGGCGUGGAGGGCCUCUCCCAGGAGGAGCUCUUCGUCUGGCUCCCCGUCAAGGGCAUCCUCGUCCAGGACCAGGAACCCGGGGUCAUCCUGUUCGACAUCGGGUUGGCUCACAAGAGCCUCUCCAGGUCGCUCUUCGAGGACCCGCCGGACUGCAAGCCGUCGGCCGCCGCCGGGAUGAGCGCCACCGCCGCCGCAAGGUGGAAGGGUAGGCAAGGUGUUACUGGUCUGAGGUUGAGGCGAGAGGUAGCAGCAGACAGCGACCAGCAUCAGGAGCAGAGGUGAGGAGGCCUCUGAGACAACAUCCAAGACGAUGCCGAGCCAGUUUUCCGCUUUGUAAAAUCCUGUGGUGAGUGAGAGAGUGCUGCUGCUGCUGCAACAAAAAAAAUACAACUACUGCAACUUCAUGCAGGGUUGGAAUGUAUCUACUAAGAUGUGGGUACCUUUUUGUAGUUCUUUUUUGUUUUUUUUUUGGGCCUAAGUUCCUCUCUUGUUCAUGCACACAUGUGUGAUAUUAAGUUUGUCAGUCAGUCAAUUGUUAUAAGCAAGCACGCAGAAAAAAGAACAAAGGAAAAGAGUUGGCUGAGAAGCCAAUUGGGGCUUUCGGGGCUCCGGGGCUGUGGUAUAGACCAUAUGAGAGAUUCUUGUUCUCCCCUGGGAGAGAAUUCCUUAGCUGUUGGUGCAUGUGCCAGCUCAGCAAGGAGUGAGCUGGGCACAGCACAGCCUCCAUGUGAGUCUGUGUUGGCUGGUGGUUGGUUGAGUGCUCCUUGUGCUUCUUCCUUGGAUUGAUGAGUAUACAUAUACAAUCAUACAAUAUUACUAUACUGCUGCAAUUAUUCAUUCUGCUAGGUUAGGUUAGGCCAUAGAGCUAUAUAUAUAGCGUUAUAAAGAAUAUAAAAAAGUUGUAGUUCCUUCUGUCUUGUUUAUGUGGUGUGCAAGUCUUGAUGAAAGGUAUCUAUCUGUACCCAUCUC